GAUGGCCCGCCGGUGGGCGGGUUCGCAUGACGCCAUUUCCCCCCUUUCCCUGUUUUGAUUGGCUAAAGGGCGCUGGUGUUUUGGAUUGGCCAGACUCUCUACAACCCCAGGGUGCUUUGCGGCGCUCGGUCCUUUCCGCUCGGCCGUUCUCCUGCACAGGAGGCAGCCAUGGCGCCCAGCCGGAAUGGCAUGAUCCUGAAGCCCCACUUCCACAAGGAUUGGCAGCGGCGAGUGGACACUUGGUUCAACCAGCCGGCACGCAAGAUCCGCAGACGCAAGGCCCGGCAGGCGAAAGCGCGCCGCAUUGCCCCACGCCCGGCGUCCGGUCCCAUCAGGCCUAUAGUGAGGUGCCCUACAGUGCGAUACCACACCAAGGUCCGAGCUGGCAGGGGCUUCAGCCUGGAAGAACUCAGGGUGGCUGGUAUCCAUAAGAAAGUGGCUCGCACCAUCGGCAUCUCUGUGGACCCAAGGAGGCGAAACAAAUCCACCGAAUCACUACAGGCCAAUGUGCAGCGCCUGAAGGAGUACCGCUCCAAGCUCAUACUUUUCCCCAGGAAGCCUUCUGCUCCAAAGAAGGGAGAUAGUUCUGCUGAAGAACUUAAACUGGCCACCCAGCUAACAGGACCUGUGAUGCCCAUCCGGAAUAUCUACAAAAAGGAAAAAGCCAGAGUUAUCACAGAAGAAGAAAAGAACUUCAAGGCUUUUGCCAGUCUUCGCAUGGCCCGAGCCAAUGCCCGGCUCUUUGGCAUCCGAGCAAAAAGGGCAAAGGAGGCUGCAGAGCAAGAUGUUGAAAAGAAAAAGUGAUGUGCUGUUGCAGUAUUGCAAUAAAUUUUCCAUAAAGCAAAA